AUGGCUCAGAGUUACCUCGUGACUGGGGACAUGCUGAAACAGUUUGGUCUUCAAUCAUUAAAACUUGCGUCGAAUAUCGACGAAUUUGAGUACAGGGCUUAUCGACAGCAUUUCUUAUCAAUUAACGGUGGGUAUUACUUUUUACGAAAUGGUACUCGUGCAACGCGCGACCAUCCAGUAAUGGAUGCACGCGGAAGGUUGUAAAGAACGGUUAAAGCGAAAGAGUAUCAAGCUUUUUUGUACAUUUCUUGUACAUUUCUUGGCCGUCACUACACGACAUACGACGUGAAAAUACCUAUUUUCACCUUUUGGGGAGAACUGAAACAAGCUAUGGCGAAAUAUUCUUUCUUUCUCUGAACUUGUAUGUUAUUGUUCUUAAUAUAAGAAUUCAACUCCAGUAGAGUUCGCCUCCAUUUGACGUAUGAAGUAAUUGAAUUGGAUCAACCGCGAUAAAGAUUGGAAAACAUGAAUUCACUUUAAGAGACAUUUUGGUCGCCGUCGGUAUCCUCGGAGCUUAGGCCCCGUCCACACGAAUCCAGGUGUUUUAAAAUCCGCAUAUUUUAAACCCGAAUUCGUGUGAACAGAGUCGUAAACCACUAAUGAGCGGUUUGAAAAAGUUGUGGUUUCGGUGAGCGCAUCAGUGUCUGAUUUCGUGCAGACGGAAGUUCGAUUUUUGUUAAAGAUAUAUGCGCAUUCAAAGAUAUUUAGUUUCGUGUGGAUGGGGCCUUAAUCUCUCACUUAUUUUUUUUUCGCGAUCGACGUGAGGAUUACGUGACAGGACCGUCGCAGUCGUCGAAUUUCAGCUCUUAUUUGCGUUUUCCCGGGCAGGGCUCUAUACUAGUUAUACCUUUUUUUAGGGUGGAUUUCCAUCGUCGCGUAAUUUUUGCGCCCGUGCGUGUACAUGCACGUAAAUUUUACUCGAGUAAAUAAAACAGAGACAAGUUUUGAAGUGUUGUACUUAAGGUGGCUCGACUGGAUUUUUUGGGGUUGAUACCUCCCAACUUUGAGCAUUAACUACGUCGGCAUGAGUAAAGAUAUGGAAAAAAGGUUAACACAACUGUAUUAUAUAAAGAUGAAAAUUUCUUAUGAUCUGGGUUUUAUUGCAAUCGGAGUCGCCAUGGCAACGUAAUGACGCCAUAACGUUUUUCAUUUAUUUUUGUGUUUCUCUGUUCCAGGAGUUUUUUGAAGAAAUCGCUUAAGGGAGUGUGUACAUGCUAUAAUUGCCUCCAUUAUGGCAUAGUUUGAACUAAUUCUAUGAGAGCGUUUUCGAAAUAUCUUGAAAUGUAGUUUUAAGAAUAAUAAAAACAGUGAAAUAGCAUGCUAGCCACACAAUUCGCUAAUAUUUUAAGAAAAUGAUAAGCUUUGGGAACGAGGCUUCAUCUCAUAGUGAUUUAAUUCCAUUGAAAACUGCAUACAAAAAUAGAGGGGAAUUGCUCUGGGCGAUCGCGAGUAAGAAGAAUUUUAUUAACUUGCAUUCAGCUGCUUUUGAUACAGUUUUUGGACGUAAUUUGGUCCAUGCCUAAAAAUUUCGCAUUUUUCCAAAAACCGCUUGAUAAAUUUUUUUAUAAUUUCGACAAUCCCGAGAUCAAUCGUCAAGAAAUAUUCUCUGCAAGUUUCAAGAACAUUGAAAACAGGGAAGGCUUUUAAAUAGGGCCUCAAAUAUAGCCAUUUCCCCCCCCAGAUUUUGUGUUUACAAGUGAGCGUCCUCAUUAUCCACUGGCAUUGUUUUCAAGUUUCAUAUACACGUGCACAUUUAGCAAAAAGAUAGAAUUUGCAUCAAAAAGGACCCUCGGUUAAAUCUCCGGGAUAUGCUAAUUACCGGGUAAAGAGAUUAAUGAUACAUUAUAACAUCAGAGCAACUCUUUGUGAGAGUUUCUGUGAUGUUAUAACCCGAGUAAGAUAGACUUUCAUUGUUUCGGCUCUCAUUGCUAUCUGUGACGACAAGCCAAUUAUUAGCAUAUUCCGGAUAUUUCUUCGGAAAGUAAUCGAGAGUUCUUUUUUAUGCAAAUUUAUAUCUUUUGCUAGUUGUGCACGUGCAUAUGAAACUUGAAAACAAUGCCAGUGAAUAAUCAGGACGCUCACUUGUAAACACAAAAUCUGGGGGAGAAAAUUGGUUAUAUUUGAGGCCCUAUUUAAAAGCCUUCCCUGUUUUCAAUGUUCUUGAAACUUGCAGGCAAUAUUUCUUGACGAUUGAUCUCGGGAUUGUCGAAUUUAUAGAGAAAUUUAUCAAGCGGUUUUUGGAAAAAUGCGAAAUUUUUAGGCAUGGACCAAAUUACGUCCAAAAACUGUAUCAAAGGCAGCUAAAUGCAAGUUAAUAAAAUUCUUCUUACUCGCGAUCACCCAGAGCAAUUCCCCUCUUUUUUCGUAUGCAGUUUUGAAUGGAAUCAAACCACUAUGAGAUGAAGCCUCGCUCCCAAAGCUUACUAUUUUCUUAAAAUAUUAGCGAAUUGUGUAGGUAGCAUGCUAUUUCAAUGUUUUUAUUAUUCUUAAAACUACAUUUCAAAAUAUUUCGAAAACGCUCUCAUAGAACUUGUUCAAACUUUGCGAUAAUGGAGGCAAUUAUAGCAGGUACAUACUCCUUUAAGCGAUUUCUUCAAAGAACUCCUGGAACAGAGAAACACAAAGAUAAAUGAAAAACGUUAUGGCGUCAUUACGUUGCCAUGGCGACUCCGAUUGCAAUAAAACCCAGAUCAUAAGAAAUUUUCAUCUUUAUAUAAUACAGUUGUGUUAACCUUUUUUCCAUAUCUUUACUCAUGCCGACGUAGUUAAUGCUCAAAGUUGGGAGGUAUCAACCCCAAAAAAUCCAGUCGAGCCACCUUAAACGUGAAAUUGAACGAGGUAAAACUUUUACUCCAAUGACCGACCUACCAUACAUUGCCUCUCUUUUAUUUGUGAACGAAAAUUUUACGCACGCUGGCACUUAAAAAUUACGCGUUAGUCCUCCCUUAGUAGGGAGAACGGGUUCUGAAUUAAAGGCGUUUUGAAAAUUCGUAGAAAAACAUUUGGCCGGAGGUGACAUUUUCCCUUCAACGGUUCAUUUACGUUUCAGUUAAAUUGAACCAAUUCUUUAAUUAAAUAUAUAGACGUGAAAUGAUUCGACCAGAAAGCAACGUUUCUUUUUCCUUUUAAGAGGGUUGCGAGUUUGUAAAAUCAGCCCUUUUGCCCUAAAUGCCUGGAGACUCGGGAAAGUUUGUUACAUGCAUUCUUUAGGAAUAAUUUUUUGUAAAAUUGGGUAGCCUGUCAUAGAAAUGCAAAAUGAAGCAAAAAAAAGGCUUUUCGAAAAUGACAUUGCUUCCGAUACAUUCCUUUUACUCAUAUAUGGCGUUUGCUUUAAAUCUUGUUAGGAGAUCCAUUGGAAAUUUUCGUAGUCGACUUGUCCCUGGAAACCAUCAUAUUAGAAGUCUAUCCCACUGAUACUAUCGCAAAUUUGAAGAAGAAAAUUAAAGACAGGAAAGGAUUUCCAGCUGGCGAACAGCAUCAUCUUGUUUUUCGUGGAAGAGAACUGGAAGACGAUCGAACUGUCGGCUACUACAGCAUUCAGAAUUAUUCAACCCUCAACAUGGUUCUCCCAGUCCCAGGUAAGUAUUUUCAUGAAAGCCAUUGUCCGAGCGGAAGCCAGAAGACCAGUUUUUCCAACAGUCUUUGCUUGGUCACCCCAAGGCGUUUUUAAAUCAGUAGCCCCUAGUGUGACCCAUAGGGUAGGUCAAAGGGCUGGCCCUUAACCAGGGCCGAGGUUUUGUACACCCUUGCGUAACUGGUAUAUUUAUUGGACUAAUGUCCGCAGUUGCCGAGCAACAAAACUGCGGCACUAAAAAAUAUCCGGUUGUGGAUGGGGCCUUAACCUCCUAAAUAUUUUUCUCGCGAUCGAUGUGACUAUUACGUGACAGAACCGUCGCAAUUGUCGAAUUUCAGCUCUUAUUCGCGUUUUCCUGGAAAUGUUUCAAUGGGGAGAACGGGACAGCGUUUUGAAAAUCCCUGGAAAAACAUUUGGCCGGACGGUAGCAUUUUUCCUUGAACGUUUCAGAUACGUUUUAGUUAAACUGAAUAUGAAGUCUUCAAUUUAAUAUAUAGAAGUGAAAUGAUUUAACCAGAAGGUAACGUUUCUUUUUUAUUUUAAGGGGUUGUGUAUUUGUAAAUUAGCGCACAUUUUGCUUAAUGAUUGCCGAGAGACUUAAGAAAGCUUAUUACAUGGAUUCUUUAGGAAUAAUUUCUUGUAAAAUUAGAUAGCCUGCCAUGAAAAUGAAAAAUAAAACAAAGCAAGAGGCUUUUUUUAGAAUUACAUGAUUUGCUUUUGGUAGAUUGCCCAUAUAAAUUAUAUGGCGUUUGUUUUCAAUCUUCCCAGGAGAUCCUUUGAAAAUUUUCGUAGUCGACACGUCUCAGGAAACCAUCAUAUUAGAAGUCGAUCCUAGAGAUACUAUCGCAAAUUUGAAGAAGAAAAUUAAAGGCAAGAAAGGAUCUCCAGCUGACGAGCAGCAUCAUCUUGUUCUUCGUGGCGAAAAAUUGGAAGACUACCGAACUGUCAGCGACUACAGCAUUCAGAAUAAUUCAGUCCUCAACAUAGUUUUCUUAGUUGCGGGUAAGUAUUUUCCUAUGAAAGCCAUUGUCCGAAUUGCCUGCGUCGCAGACGUUCUAAACCUUCUGUAUAGAGUGUCUGCGAACAAGAGCCAUACUCUUGCUGCGAAUCAGUGCACAAUAUCGUGUUCGAAGGUCAAGGUUUUCAAAACACUAAAUGACCGGCAGUCUUCUAUUCUCAGUCAAUUUCACAGAAUCGAAAAAUCCCAGCUAAUCUAAAUUAUCAUAUAUCGAUUAAGAAAAGUCAAGCGAUCUCAAGUAUAGCGUUUAGUUUACGCUGGGCUCAGAAGACGAAACCAUGUUUUGUGACACUUAGAACUUUUUUCAGCUCGACUGCCGGUCAAGGUUUUCAAAACACUAAGUGACCAUCAGUCCUAUAUUCUCCGUAAAUUUCACAAAUCGAAAUAAUCCAUCUAAACCAAACUAUCAUAUGUCAAUUAGGAAAAGUCAAGCAAAAUGCACUGAAAAUAUAGGACUGCCGGUCAUUCAGUGUUUUGAAAACCUUUACCGGCAGUCGAGCUGAAAAAAGUUCUAAGUGUCACAAAAUAUGAUUUCGUCUUCUGAGCUCAGCGUAAACCAAACGCUAUGCAUGAGAUCUAUAAAGCAUUUCAGGAUCGCUUGACUUUUCUUAAUCGACAUAUGAUAAUUUAGAUUAUCUGGGAUUUUUCGAUUUUGUGAAAUUUACUGAGAACAUAAGACUGCCGGUCAUUUCGUGUUUUGAAAACCUUGACCGGUUACCGACCAUAUAGCCACAGCGUUUGUUUUGACGCUAGAACUGUCGGCUAGAUUGCAGAUACGCGGCAGAGCAUCUGCAGCGAUUGGAAUAAGACGCUGGAAAACCAGUUAGGCCAAUCGUAAGGCGCAAAAGAAACCCGUGAGAAACCCGCCUAUCGAAACGCUCACAUAUGUCCUUGCGACUCUGCAGGAUAUUAGAACGAGCUUUUGUGCACUAAUUCGCAGACGGACUAUACCACAGGCAGCCCAAGCGCACCAUAUGUGGGUCCGGGCUUCAGAGGUCAUUUGGUCGGAAUAUACUAGAAUUAUUAGUGUAUUAUCUGAUGCGAAAUAAAUGCAAAAAUCUUAAAGAUAUGAAGUCUUCUUGUUUGUCUAUCUGUACUGGUAGUCUUUAAGAUAACGAAGGUCGAUAUUUCUUGCAUUAUUACAUGUGAUUCGGGCCCUUAUUGUUCGAAUUUUAUCACAUGUAUUGGAAUCUACCACGUUAAGAAAAAAAAUCAUAAUCACGCGAAUUAUUGAUUCAAAAAGCUCCCUUACCUUUAGUUCAUAGCCACUCUGUGUCUUACGGCCGGUUUAAACGCCGUUUAUUCGACUUUCUUUCCAUCGAGUACUGAACACUAUAAAAGAAGGAAAGGCUGGAGACCUUACAACCGACCUUCGCCGCACGAAGGCCAAUAAAUUCCAAACAAAGCGACUGACUGUUAUCCUACCAGAUUCGAAUCUUGGAGCUUGGCAACCGCGUCAGAUCGACAAAACGUCACUCUCACGGGGGAAGGUCGUUACUUUUGCCCUAUCGCAAACCGACACCGUCCAUAGGGCAAAAGUAACGACCCUCCCCCGCGAGAGUGACGAUUUGUCGAUCUGACACGGUCGCCAGGCUCCAAGAUUCGAAUCUCGUAGGAUAACAGUCAGAUUACGCAUCGUGGCGAAGCGAAGCUGACCAGAAUCGAUGCGAAAUGCAGCGCUCCUCGGGCUCAUGCAUAUGCAGCCGAAUUUAGAUAAACUGCCGCUCGUCGAACGGGUAGAUAUACACUCUUCGGUCUGGCUGGUGGCAAUUUUAGGGAGGUCGGUCGCUUUGUUUGGAAUUUAUUGGUCUUCGUGCGGCGAAGGUCGGUUGGAAGGUCUCCAGCCUUCCCUUCGAAAGGGAGCUUUUUGAAUCAAUAUUUCGCGUGAUCAUGAUUUUUUUUUUUAGCGUCGUAGAUUCGAAUACAUGUGAUAAAAUUCGAACAAUAAGGGCCCGAAUCACAUGUAAUAAUGCAAGAAAUAAUAUAGACCUUCGUUGUCUUAAAGGCUACUACUACAGAUAGACAAACAAGAAGACUUCAUAUUUUUAAAGAUUUUUGCCUUUAUUUGGCAUCAGAUAAUACACUAAUAAUUCUAGUAUAUUCUAAACAAAUGACCUCUGAAGCCCGAACCCACACGUAGUGCGCUUGGGCUGCCUGUGACUAUACAAAUGGUUUGCCUGUGACUAUACAAAUAGAGUGCGUGGGCCGGCUGCAACGCAGGCUAUUGUCCGAACGGAAGCCAGAAGACCAGUUUUCCCAACAGUCUUUGCUUGCUUAGGUCAACCGCAAGGCGUAUUUAAAUCAGUAAUAUUAUAAACUGUCUGAUUAAAAUGAGGUCAUUUUUCUAAAUAAUAAGGGUGUAAUUAGGAUAGCCCUAAGUGUGCCACAUAGGGUAGGACGAAGGGCUGGCCCAUGGACCUGGGCCAAGGUUUUGUACACACAUGCGUUACUGGUAUUUAUAUCGGAUUAGUGUCCGCAGUUGCCUAGCAACAAAACUGCGACAAAACAAAUUUGGCCCGGUAGCCUUUGCGGCCGUUUUAGUGGUCAAGAAAUGAAUUGGGCGAUUAAUUUCGACGAAGAAAAGUACUUUAAAGAGAAAAUGGAAGCGAUUUGGACCAUUAUUUUUUUAGCUUCAAAAUAUUUUUCCCUCUGACGGCUUCGCAGACGAUGUGACGGCCAUACCGAUCUUAUGCGAUGUAAUGUGUCAAAACCUUCGUCAUUUUCCUAGAAUUUAUCUUUGAAUUGCUGUUUUGGCUCCAGUUACUCCAAGCAGCGUAUUGCAGUAGAAUUUCUGCCUAAAAAUGCUUUAAAUACAAUAUUUGGAUAAAAAAGUUCCGGCAAAAACGUUUGGAAGCUGGGUGGCAUUAUAUUCUCCCUUGUACGUUUUAGUUCCUGCCUUAAAAUUAUGUCUGCCGUUUUACUUGUAUAUAAGCGUGAAAUGAACAAACCAAAGAGCAACGUUCCGUUUUCUUUUAAAAGCGUAAAAAAGGGAUUGUAUUUAUCACAUUAGGGCACUUUUGCCUUAUAAACGCCGAGCAGGCCUAAAAAACCUAUUACAUGCAUUCUUUAACGUCACUUGUAAAACUGGAUCUGUCAUGAACAUAAAAUGCGAGACAAAACAAAAAGGUCUUUUGUCAAUUAAGCUUACGUUUAAUAGAGUAGUAAUGCUUCAGCAAAUUUAACCCCCUUUGGUGUCUAGCAAGGUCUAGCUAGGUCUAGUCUAUGAUGUCACCGAUUGUUAUAACCUGGGGAAAAAGUGGAUUCCCUUUAUUAAUAUAAGUGUCUUCCUGCAUACUAAUUUGAAUUUCCUGCUUACUAAUUAAGUGUCUUCCUCCAUAUAUAAUGAAGUGGAUAGGUUUACUAAUGAGCGUCACUCUACUACAAUAGGAACAAUAGGCCGGCCCAAACUUGCCCGGUAAGUAACUUGAGCCUGGUUUUCGGAACGUCUAUUAAAAGGAAAAUAUGAGCGAUCACCUAGCAACGCGAGAAACGGCUUCCUAUAUCUUAUUUAGCGCUAAAACUCGUAUAUAAUUACAAAACACACGCACAUAUACACAAAUUGGAGCUGAAAACGCUCUAUUUCAAGUUUGUCUGACUAGUACAGAACCGUUUUCUCCGUUCUAUCUCGAGGACAUGAAAAACUAUUACAGUCUCAGCGUUUCACGCACGGUUAAUCAGUUAAUUAUGCGAGUUCACAAGCCCAAAGUUGAAUACAAAUUAGCUCUACAGCUAGACCCAAGGGAGCAACCUUGACGUAUUAUUAUAAAACAAAUAACUUAACAAGGAUCAAUUAAAACACGCGACUCAUAAUUGCUAGCAAUAAAAACACAAGAGAGAUACCGUUUUAAAAAACUAUUAAAAAACAAUGACAAAAAGAGUCAAAUACACAGCGAUUUAAAAGGAAUGGAAAUUAAUUAAUCUUCAUCUUCGUUCUCCUCUGUAGAAGGGGCAUAAAAAUUGGCUUCCAACGUCUUCGCGUUUUGUGUGUAACUGCUCCGCAAUCUUGACAUCGAAGAAACCCACUUUCAUGUAAUGUCUCCCCUCGGGAAUCUGGUGAUCGGAUAUGGGACAAAUCUUGUAGUAAUCGUGCCAAAAGCAUUUAGGACAUUUCAUGAUCAAUAUCCCGUACACAUUAGAGUUCUCGCAGUGUUCACAGGGACGUUUAGAGUGAAAGGUGGUGGACGUUUCGGGGCUACUACUUUCUAUUUCCUGACUGUCGUUUUCAGUGUCGUUGUCGCUCUCUUGGGUGUCUUCCGCUUCAACGCCAUUCUCAGAAGCCACUUCGUUAUCAGAAGCAUUUUCUACAUUUCGGUAGCCUUUUUCCUUUUCUAUUAAAUCACUUAACAACUUUUUGUUCUUGAUAGAACCUUUAUCGAUUCCUAACUCUACAAGUCCAUCUAGAAACGUAUUCAGCGCACGAGGCUUGGUAAACUCAUUGUUAUGAGGGAGUAACACAUACUCAACUAGCUCAGCGAUGUUUGUGACGGGAAUAGUGCGUUUAUUUCGAAGUAAUUGUCCGCUGGGGGUCCAGAAAAGAAUAUCUUUGGACGCGGCCAUACUAUGCAGCAAAUCAGAAGCACGCUUUUCCGGCACUGCUCGGGAAAGAUGACUCAAAACAUCUUUUAUUCUCGGUUCUUCUUUUAUUCUUGGUUCUUCAUCCUCGCUUUCAUCACCAGAACUUUCGCUUUCUUCAUGUUCACUCUCGUGUUCUUCUUCUUCAACCAAAUCUAUCUUUCUCUUCAUUUUUGAUGAGUACCCGUGACAGACUUAGGUUCGUAUGAUCAAUCUAGCGAUGCGUCACCUCUUUUAUAGCAUUAGAAAUCCUAAGCUUGAAACAACAGAGGCCAAUACAUCUUCAAUAAAACCACUACCCUCUUGUACAAGGACUCGCUUCUUUGUUUUGUAAGGGACAUUUGGUCUGGCCAGGUUAAGUAAAGCAUCCUUAUGUGGCAGCAAUAUCCGCUUAUUUUCUUCGGAGAUAGGAAUGUGUCCCAUGAGUACAUUGUAUAAGACUUGGAUUAGUGCAUGUAGUUGUUGUGGAGUAGCUGUCUUUAAAAGAAACUGGCGCUGAUAAGCAGGGCAAUCAGCUAACAGCAGAAGAAAACCACGAUUGUUGUUCACUACACGAGACAUUGCUACAAAAUAAACUAAAGAUGGCAGUUGGCGGUCUUUUAUGGAAUCUCGUGGAGAAAAAAAAAUGAAACGAGUGGGCGAAGGAUAGAAAACAAUAGAAUGAGGAGGAGGAGAAAAAACAAUAGAAAUGAGGAGGAGGAGGAAAAACAAUAGAAAUGAGGAGGAGGAGAGAAAAACAAUAGAAAUGAGGAGGAGGAGGAGGAGGAGGAAAGAAGACAAUAGAAAUGUGGUGGUGGUGGUAGUGGUGGUUUUGGGGGAGGAAGACAAUAGAAUAUUUGGGGCCUGAAAACCAAUAUAAAUGCGCAACAUUCUACCUCUUUCUCAGUCUACAUUUUGCUCCUGAGGAGUUGACAUGAGUUGGCUCUGUUCUGUCUGCGAAAAAUCCUUUAGUAGAAAAGAUAAUACGCAAAGGCACGUGAUGUCUAAACACCGCAAUGCUGGUCUCACACCAUUUCAAACAGUUCCAAUAUUUUCACAGAAAUGUCAGCGGUUUCACUUCCAGCACCCUUUCACCUCCAUGAUUGCCGGAAUGACCGGGUCCGGAAAAACGGCCUGGGUUCGAUCGCUAUUGCAACAAGCUUCAGAGACCAUUUACCCUCCCCCGGAGAGGAUCAUUUGGUGUUAUUCGCAAUGGCAGCCUGCGUAUACACAAAUGUUAGUCGCCAUGCCAAACAUUGAAUUCGUCAAGGGAAUGCCUACGGCUUUGGAGCAGGAUUCCUAUUUUGAUGAGCAAACGGAAUUUGAUCGUGUUUGAUGAUCAGAUGAUGAAUGAAUUGUAAACCUCUUUACUCGUGGUUCUCAUCAUCGCAAUCUGAGCGUGAUUUAUAUCGUGCAGAAUCUAUUUCAUCAGGGGAAAGGUAGCCGCAGCAUAAGCCUAAACAGCCAUUAUCUGGUGUUAUUCAAGAAUCCACGAGACAAAUUGCAAAUCCUGACUCUGGCGAAGCAAAUGUAUCCCGGGCAGAUUGAUUUCCUUUUAAAUCAGUCCGAAGAGGCUGUAAAAAGACCUUUUGGUUAUCUUCUGAUUGAUCUGAAAACUACUACCCAAGAUAAUUGUCGGUUGCGAACAAACGUCCUGCCCAGUGAAGAAGGCUUUAACCAAGCAGGGUUUCAAGAAAAUAUUCCUCAAGAGCUUCUAAAAUAUCUGAUGCUGCAAACUCUUUCGCCUGUCCCGCUUCUUCCAGCUAUGCAAGAAAUACAAGACAACAUGGAUGACGUGCCUUCUCGAAACGAUCUUCGGGACUAUGAAAAAGUUAAACGAUACCUUCAGUUGCAAAACAGAUACCUGGCUUUUAAAGAACAAUUAAAUACAAGAACACGACCGGAAGAAAUAAUUAGCACUAUUCCGGACUUAACAUCAAGGACACAAGAUUCUUCGACAGCAACAACAGCAUUCUCAACUCCCCUCAACCCCUUUAAUGUAAGACCUGAAUUAACAGAAGCGGCUAUCUCUCAAAAACCUGACAGAGAAAGCCUCACCCCUCCACCACCGUUAAAUCCUGCUUUCCUGACCCCUCCUCCCACAGUAGAAACCCCAUCACAACAUGGCCCGAAGCGCAAAAGGCGUCGGAUUCAAUUUCUAAAUUAUUUGGAUGAUCAUAAAUCUCAUGGCAAAAAGCUGAAGAAACGUCGGCGUAAGAAAUUCAAACCUUACAAGUACUCCACGGGCGAAGAAGAAGGAAUUAAUUAAUUUUCAUUCCUUACAAAUCGCUGUGUAUUUGACUCUUUUUGUCAUUGUUUUUGAAUAAAGUUUUUUAAAACGGUAUCUCUCUUGUGUUUUUAUUGCUAGCAAUUAUGAGUCGCGUGUUUUAAUUGAUCCUUGUUAAGUGAUUUGUUUUAUAAUAACACGUCAAGGUUGCUCCCUUGGGUCUAGCUGUAGAGCUAAUUUGUAUUCAACUUUGGGCUCGUGAACUCGCAUAAUUAACUGAUUAACCGUGCGUGAAACGCUGAGACUGUAAUAGUUUUUCAUGUCCUCGAGAUAGAACGGAGAAAACGGUUCUGUACUAGUCAGACAAACUUGAAAUAGAGCGUUUUCAGCUCCAAUUUGUGUAUAUGUGCGUGUGUUUUGUAAUUAUAUACGAGUUUUAGCGCUAAAUAAGAUAUAGGAAGCCGUUUCUCGCGUUGCUAGGUGAUCGCUCAUAUUUUCCUUUUAAUAGACGGUCCGAAAACCAGGCUCAAGUUACUUACCGGGCAAGUUUGGGCCGGCCUAUUGUUCCUAUUGCAGUAGAGUGACGCUCAUUAGUAAACCUAUCCACUUCAUUAUAUAUGGAGGAAGACACUUAAUUAGUAUGCAUUAGUAUGCAUAAAGGGAAUCCACUUUUUCCCCAGGUUAUAACAAUCGGUGACAUCAUAGACUAGACCUAGCUAGACCUUGCUAGACACCAAAGGGGGUUAAAUUUGCUGAAGCAUUACUACUCAAUAGAUUCCCUAUAAAUCUUAUGGCGUUUGUUUUUAAUUUACAUAGGUGCUACCUUGGAAAUUCUCGUAGACGUCAUGUCCCAGGAACCCUUCAUAUUAAAAGUUGAUCCUAGUGAUACUAUCUCAAAUUUGAAGAAGAAAAUUGAAAAGGUUAAAGGAUUUUCAGCUGAUGAGCAACGUGUUGUCUUUCAAGGUAAAAAACUGGAAGACCGAACUGUUAGCGACUACAACAUUCAGAAUAAUUCAACCUUGAACGUGGUUCUCCCGAUCCUGGAAGUGACUGUUCUAACGGGAGCCGGGAGACGAGCUACCCUAAGGGUGAAACCCAUUGAUUCCAUUUUAGAGCUCAAGCGGAAAGUACAAGGCAUUACAAGAGUUCCUCCAUACAAACAAAGUCUUAGCUUUGCUGGCGUAGAACUAGAAAAUGCGCGCACUAUUUCUGACUACAAUAUGCGGAAUAAGUCAGCUAUCAAUUUUGUUGAGAAAAUAGAAGUGUAUGUGGUUACCCAGCAGUGUACUCAAGAAAGGAUGACCUUGCAACUGAGGCCGCGGGAUACUGUCAGAAGUGUGAAAGGCGAAAUUCAUGUCAAAACAAAUAUUUCACCGUGCCAGCAAGUUUUGGAAUUUGGCGGUAAGCAAAUUCAUGACUUCCUUCCUUUGAAUUACGCCAACAUUAACGACGAAUCGACGCUCUUCUUGAAUGUAGCGGUACGAAUCUUUGUGAGAAUGUCAACUGGAUCAGAAGUGAUGUUAAAUCUCUUUACAAGUAACACUAUCAUGAAUGUAAAAGAAAUAAUUCAAUUCAGCGAAGAUAUCCCAUGCGACAUGCAAUAUCUCUUUUUUCAUGAUGAGCCUCUCAUAGAUAGCCACACUUUGAGCGACUGCAACAUGCAAAACGAAUCAAUUUUAAUUUUAAAAAGACGAAUUUCUAUCAAGAUAGCCUGCGAUAAAAAAAAGUUCAGUGUCGAUGCCUAUCUAGACGACAACGUCAGAAGUGUAAGGGACAGUGUUGCAGGCAGACUACUGAUGCCACUUGAUCAGUUAUGUCUCGUGUAUAAUGGCGAAAAACUCAGCAACAUGCGUACUUUGGGGAGCUACAACCUUCGGAAUGGAGCAGUCCUAAAUGUAGAUCAAUCUGGAGGUACGUCAUUUUGCUUGUUUUACGUCAUACUCCAGUCUUUUCUUCCAAUUACGCAAGGGGAACCUUAGUUUGCAUAACACUAUUUUAAACCAACAUGUACUUGUAUGCAUGACACCUCACUCAGUUUUAUAGGAGAAAAGAUGUACCGUAAAAUUUCGAAAACAACCCUCUCCAUGUAUAAGCCCCUCCUAAUACAAGCCCCCGGGGGCUUGUACUUGGAAAUUGCCCUCAAAUACAAAAUAAAACAAAGCAAAAACGGUACAAUAACAUUUUAAUGUUUGUAUAGCCAAAGAACUAUUAGGUGUGACAAAUGAUUUCAGUCAAAAAGUGUCACAGUAUAUUGCUGUUUGCGUAGUUGACUCCUCACUCCUUGGCUUGGAUUUCCUCGUCUAAAUAGACAGAGUACUUGCAUGGCGGCGAGUUUCAGUAAAAAAUUUCUGCAAAUUACUGACAUAAAUUUCCUUCCAACUAUAAGCUAGUCCAAUCGAUUUUGAGACGCAAAUUUCCCUCCAAGUAUAAGCCUAGCCGAUUUCGAAACGCAAACUUCCCUCCGUAUAUAAGCCCCUCCAGAUAUAAGCCCCUCCAAGAAUAAGUCCCUCAAAAAAGAUCUUUGAAAAAUAUAUUCUCCGGGACUUAUUCUCGGAAUUUAACGGUAUGUUAAUUUGAACGAGAGCUGAAGGUAUAACUACAAGGUUUACGCGUUCUAAAACAAUGAUUCGAAUGGGUGUGCAACAAUGGCCUUAAUCGGUCACAAUUAACUAAGGCGCCGUCCAUACGUAUCCGUUUUUGUUUGAAAACGGAUAGUUUUUAUCCGUUUUCAAAAAAUAGUCCACCACCACACGUUGCAUUUUUAAAUCGUUUUUGCCAUUCCACACGAAAAAGCAAUAGUGACUGAAAGCGGCAUCAUCUUUGAUGGGAGCAUGCGCAUUUACAAGCCCGCGAGAUGGUGGCGUCUAUUAUGUGCAGGGUAGACUGGAUCCAAGACCGUAAUCUUGAUCUCCGAUUCGAUGAUAGGUCCCAAAGACCAUACACCGCUUCGUCAACCCAAAUUUCGACACAAGAUGUUCUCAAUGGUAUUGUAUUUCCUGUUGGACCUAUCUCUCAUUAUGAUUUCCAGAGACGUUGUCUUGAACCAGUAGAUUUUUUGAUAGUCUGUUGUCGAAAACGUCAUGAACAAACAUUCAGCUCAACUCUCAUUAAAGAUUAACUUACAGCGUUGAUCAUGUAGUUAAUGAACCUUUUGAGUUUGUAACUUGUCUUUCUUUGUAUAUUCCAGUAGGUAAUCUUGAUCUCCGAAUUGAUGCUGAGGCCCAAAGACCACGAGAGGCUUCCUCAAACCAACCUUCUACACAAGAGGUUUUAGAUCGUAUUGCAGUUAAAUACUUAGAUAAAGUAGACCCAUCAAACCCGGAGGAGUGGAAUGAGUUCCUUAGAUAUAUGACAGAAGUUCGCAAAGUACUUGUUCUUGAUGCCAAAUCUGGAAGCUUGAUUUUCACGUUGGAAUGUGGAUCACUGCAGAUUCUUGAUGACCUUUGGAAAGACUAUGGAAGGGGCCAUCUAGGUCGAGUAGCCCAAGAGUAUCUUGUGACAAAAGACAUCCUGAAAGAGUUUGGUCUCUCUUCAUUUCAACUUGCGUCGAAUAUCAAGGAAGAGGACUACAGUGUUUGUCGACGGCAAUUAGCAACCAAUGAAGGUGGGUAUGGCAAAAAUUUAUUUACCUCCAGCAAUUUAGACUUAGUUUAG